AUGAGCCGAGAGUAUAAAAAAGAAUUCCAAAAAGGGAAAGAGCAUUCCGAAGUCAUGCAAACCUUCACGCUCAUGUUUCUGGUUUUCGUUUUCCUCGGCCUUCUGCAUUUCGCCGACGCCGGCACUGUUAGUUUUCGUUUUUCGUUUUCUAGGAAACUUCUCGGGCCUUCGAAACGCGAACGGGACGCGAAUCGGACGUGUCGAGAAAUUUCUAGUGGCCACUUUAGUAGCCUCAGCUUUCUUAAGGGAUCCCUAGAAGCGCUUAGGAAGUCCGGAGCACGUCCGUUUCGCGUUACCAAUGUCCGAGUUUUUGUCGUACUUCUUUGACAUGGGGCGCCACAACUCUUUCUCUGACAUACACUAUUUCGUCGUUAUCUAGCUGCGAAGAAACGACGAAAUAGUGUGUGUCAGAGAAAAAGGUGUGGCGCCCUUAUGGCGCUCCAUUCUGGAACUGCAUUUUGAGCCUAACCAGGGAGCGUUUUAGUCCCCGGUUGAUUUUUCGAUGGAACUUUUCCGAAAUGUACUUCAGGACCUCCUGAGUCUACGACGAGAUACAAUUUCUCGCAAUGGAUCUGGUUUCCGAGUUAAGACGCUUCGAAAGCUUGAAAAAGCGCCGUUUUGUCAAAAAUUCUUUUUUUGCAAAAUUGAAGCUUUAUAACUCGAAAAAAAACCUAUUGCGAUAAAUUUAAUUUUUUUCUGGGAUUAGUAGGUCAUUUCCCUAGUAAGUGAACUUUAAUCGCAUAAAAAGUGCUGUCAGUUUGUGAGCCAAUCAUUUCAAUCUUAAAUUCUUUUUUUCAGCUUUUUUUAUUCAAAAAUAUCAGGAUAUGUAAAGCUUAGUUUAUCAGUCUUUGCUCAGUAAUUUAACUUGUCAGAUUGAAAAAAAACAAAUGAAAUUAGCAAGAGAUCAUUCCCCAUAUACUGGGAUCAGGGUUAGGUUUUCUUCAGAAAAUUGGUUACGACAUAAUUUUCGGAAAAAAAAACAAUCCGAAAUGUAUUUUUUAAUAGUCCCACUUUUCAGUUGACUUUGGAAGAAAUGCUCGCAGAGAUGAUCAAGUUCGACAAGAAGUAUCCUCCUUCCACCAACUCGAACGAAUAG